AUGGACAGUAACCUCCCUAUCGCUACGAUCACAGUACUUUUCCCUGCAAUCUCAAUGCACAUGCUUAACAUGAGGAGUCAGACCAAGACGGUGAGAGACAUGGCGGUUGGUGAUUUCCGAGUAUUUACACUCCUAUCCCAGGCUUCUCUGACAGGUGUCGUUGGCCGGAGCGUGGACCAGGGCUCAACUUCUGAUCAAGAGGGGCAGGCCGAUGCCAUGGCUAUUCUUCAAGUGUUGACAACGCAGACUCCUCAAGCCAUGAACAGAGGGGUGCCUAUGCUUUCAAUGUGGACCUUACCAAAGCAUGAAAUAAAUUCAGCACGCCAGCCUCGGGUGCCUGAUCUCUUUAGCAAUGUUACCAUUGAUACCGAUGAACAUCCUCCUCUAGAAGGGGCAACGGAGGUUUCCCUACAAGAAAUACCACCUAGCUAUAACCUCGAAUUCGACAAGGCCCAAAUCGACACUUUGAUGAGUCAAACAAGCAACGACUGGGACAUAGAUAGCGGCUACAUGGACUUAUACGGACUAUUAUCUUCUGAGUGGAUGAACACUACAUCUCAAUUUGCGCCCUUAUAA